AUGAGGUCGCUGUCUGGCCUCCCUGGGAGGGUGGUGCUCAUGAUGAAGUCGUGGGGACAGUCGGCGUGCUCAUGGCGAGCUGUUCUCCUGCUCUGUGUCAUGGUGCUGUGUUGCCGACCGACGAGCGCCGGCAACCGUAACCCGCGAGGGCAGCCAGCGGAUUACCAGGUGAAGCAGGGCACCUGCGAGGUGGUUGCCGUCCACCGCUGCUGCAACAAGAACAAGAUCGAGGAGCGCUCCCAGACCGUCAAGUGCUCUUGCUUCCCAGGCCAGGUUGCUGGCACCACGCGAGCACAGCCCUCCUGCGUGGAAGCUUCCAUCGUGCUGCAGAAGUGGUGGUGUCAGAUGCAGCCGUGCCUGGACGGGGAGGAAUGCAAGGUGCUUCCUGACCUCACCGGCUGGUCCUGCAGUACUGGCAACAAGGUGAAGACCACCAAGGUUACGCGGUAGCGAGAAAACAGUGAACCAACCG